UGUUUGCUACUGAGCGACAUUUCCCCGACCAAUCUUUUUUACAGAAAUAAACACUUCGCUUAUUGAUGUCUGAAGGAAGCGAAAUUAACAACGUCACAGGACCUUUUCCAAAAUUAUUUCUCGAACAAUUGGUCGGGUUUAGAGGUGCAGUAACAUGGAACUUUCCUACGUGCUGUACAAUUGUCGGCCACUCCAGCCUGCGAAUAUUUGCAUGUCUCGAUGUUUCAAGUAAUAAAACUUGACCUACAAAAUAUCAAUAGAAAAGAGUUUGCAAUCUGAUUGCUACAAAUGGCAGAUGCAUAUCAGUUUCCAUGAAAAUGAUCACUGAUCAAGAAAAUGGAAUCCCAAUUGGCAGGUCAUAUCCCCCAAAUCUGGUCACGGGCAGGAGGUGUGCAGUGCAAAGCUAAGCUAUUUUUCAAGGCUUCUUUGAGGAUAAAAAUGAAACGCUUGCCAUGGAAGGAAUCGGCAACCACCAUUUUAAUCGCCAAAUCCACCAAAACCUCAACCACGUUCAAUUACAAGGUCUUGAUGCUCAAGCGAAGCGGCAAGAGCCAGUUCAUGCCCAACACAUUCGUUUUUCCCGGAGGAAAAAUCGACCAAGCCGACUUUCAUCCCGGGUGGAAAGACAUUUUUGCAUCUAGUGGAAAAUCCAUCUCAGACAUAAUCCGAUCGAAGCCACAAGAGCCUUUUCUGAUCCAACCUAAAGACGAAGAUGAUCGUGAAGGUCUUCAUCGACGUCUGGCCUUUCGAAUCUGUGCCUUACGCGAGACCUUUGAGGAGUGUGGAGUACUUUCCAUUGUAAAUGCAAAAGCCGAUCUUGAUCUCGAUAAACUUCGUUAUUGGCGGACCAGAGUCGACCAGAAUGCCUCUAGCUUCCUCCAAAUGUGCCAGGAGUCCCAAUUGUGCCCGGAUGUGUGGUCUUUGCACGAAACCUCAGACUGGUUAACUCCAGUAGGUCGCAAGGAAUUGGGAACGAGGCGAUUUGAUACAAUCUUUUACUCGCAUUUCUUACCCCAAAUUCCAUUGCAAGGCGUGAGUUUCGACGACAAGGAGGUCACUGAAUUGUGCUGGACGGAACCUUUGGCCAUGCUAGAGGACGCCAAGGCUGGAAAAUUGGAGUUGGCCCCACCUCAAGUGUAUGAAUUUACCAGAAUGGCUCGAUUUGAGAAGAUCGAGGACCUGGAGAAGGACGUUUCAAGUAGAGCCAAACAAGGUGUAAGCACCACGUUUCCAGUGCUAUUCAAAUGUCCUGAUUGCACCCUCUCCGUUCUACCUGGGGAUGAGCUCUAUCCUGAGACUCCCGAUUUUCAAGGGAAACAACCUGGAUGGAAGCCCUUGGAGUGGAAUUUCCAACAACUUAAUCAAAAAUUCCCAAAAGCUAACCGAAUAGCCAUCUUUAACAAGCACAAUAUCGUUCCAUUUGUUCAAUUGCGAUAACGAUAUUCAACCUAGAUAAAGACGUUUCUAUCGAG